AUGAAGUUCGCCCCGGUCCUCCUCGCACUCGCGCUCGGCCUUGGCCUCGCCAACGCCGCAGACACGGACACCGUCGCGUCUUCCUCCAAGCCCGAGUUCAAUCCGCCGCGCGCGCUCCUCCACCCAGACCCUGCCCUCGCGGCUCGUGCCUCCCUCCCGAACACCAACGCGGAGCGUCUCGCGCGGGGCCUGCCGCUCAAGAAGCCCCGCCGGGCGUCGCCCACCCUCCAGGCAAAACGCCAGGCGCCCUCCGGCUCGCCGUUGACGUACAAGAGCGCGAUCCGCGUCAUCGACACUGGCAACGGCAAUGUCGCGCUCGGCUACAUUGGGUCGACGACCAAUGUGUUCGGGGAGUACGGUAUCACCCCCGACGCCGCCAACGCCCUCGCCGUCACGCCCCCAGUCGGCAGCUCGGGGCCGUCCGCCAUCGCGAUCCCCGGCUCCUUCCCCUUCCUCGGCGGUGUUCUCGGCUACGGCUCCACCUCGCCCGACUUCGCACUCGGUUCGUACAACUACGCCUACCUCGGCGGCGUGCACGCCGGGUCCAGCAACCAAACGAACUCGGUCAGCGCGGCGACCGGGUACCCGACCUUAGGCCAGAGCGCGAUCUGGACGUACGACACCGGCAGCGGCCUGCUCGCGGCGCACUGGACCAAUACUGACGGCAGCACGCCCGCGACGCAGAUCGUCUACUACAUGCCCGACAAUGUUAUUGCCCUGACGGGCGAUUCGAGCGCCUUCGGCGAUAUCUUCGGCGACUCUUCUCGCAUCACCCUCCAAGUCGUUCAGAUCCCUACGAGCCUUUAG